CACAUAGAUGAUGAUAGACCAGAGGGAGCUGCUGCAUCUCGCUGGUUGCCGGAGCUGCGGAGUUGGCAAGUAGUGUGUAGUUAAGGCAAGGGUAGGGGCCCGUCUAGGCGCCUCUGCGAAAAGCAGCCAACCGACCUAUCCAUAUUCCAGGACAUGGGGGCGGAUGACCAGCCUAAAGCAGAGGGCCGAGUGACGGCCGUACUGUUCCGGGGUGCCCAAGUAGCUGUACAUCGAGGCGUGAUUGGUACAGGGUCAACCAUACCUUUUCAGGAUCACCGUGGCCUAGGGUCGGGUUCAGUCUCUCCUUGUGUCUUUCUUGGUUUUCUCGUUUGGCGUAAGCCCCCGAGCGUGGCGUCUUCUAUCCGACCUAGCAACCAGAGCAAGAUAGGCAGGGCACCGACGACAUGGGGUGGAGGGCAGUUUGCACCAGCAGCAGUGGUGGGAGCAACGGCUGUAUUUAUUAGUAGCAAGGGGAGGUCCGAGGGACAAAGAAGGGGAAGACGACGAAAGGUCCAGCCAGCCAGGACCGGACUCUGUGUAAAUGCGACGGCGUGUAUGCGGUUGGGGUGUAUGUAUAUGGCCGAGGCAAGACGACGAACAAGCAACGAGGGUGCAAGCAAACGCGUUCCGCACAGAGAUGUCUGCGCGGACGGGAUUAGGAUUAAGAUAAGAUUACUAUGUGCGAGGGAGGGGAGGCAGGCAAGCCAGGUCGUUGACUGUGGAGUCGUAGUCGUGGUCGUAACGGUAAUAGUGGUGAUGGUAGUGGUGGUAGUGGUGGUAGUGGUGGUAGUGGUAGGAGUAGUAGGUAAUGACAGGAAGGGUGUGUACUGGUAGAGCUGCUGCGAGGCAACCUGUCUGCGGUGUGAAUUGGUACAGCGGCAGCCACCCGGUGAAGAAAGCAAAAGGGUCGACGGACGGUCGUCGCCUUAGUAUUAGUCAGAAAGACGCGCGAAUGCGGGAAGGAGUGUGUUGAGAAGGAAGGAGGGAAGGAAGAGGAAGCUGCCAAAGCUCGCGGCCUUUCCCUCUCUCUCCUAAAUGCCCAAAUGGGGAAGGGACCAGAGCAAGAGCAAGAGCAGGAGCAAGGGGUGGGAGGCG